UUAAUUCACAAUGACAUUGAUUUUGUUAAUCUGGCAAUAAUGUUCAUGUCACAAAAAGUACACUCAACACUGUCAAUGAACCAAACGAAAAAAAAACCAACGCGCAUCGCUUCUCUUUUGGAAUUUAUGGUGCCGUAACAAGGCUCCCUUUUGUAUUAGCAAGACGAAAUUUUACUCGCGAUCAACCUAAAACGCGUAAACAAUGCGCGAUUAGCAUAACCGCUCGUUGUCGGCAAUGUUUAUACGAAUUUGGCUGCAUUGCGUUGCAAUAUACGGAUCAAUAUCAAUAAUGACCAACUGAGCUAGCGUCAUUACGCCCGCCGUGGACAAAUGGAGGCAAAAUCGGGCGUCGGAAUCCAAGAUCACUGGAUGAAGAGCAUGAUGGAGCCUGCCGGCAACGACAACAGUGACCGUUCGACUGUAAAACGAGAAAAAAUGGCUGAAUAUAACGGCGAAAACUCUUAUGAUAUGAAAAGACAGCAGAAUGAGUCUAGAUACCGAUGCGAUGUAUGCGAUCUGACCUUCCAGGCAAUGGAUUACUUGAUAUUACACAAGAAGUUUCACGGGAACGAAAAGGACUUGCCAAUACCCCCGCCGGAGCAGACUUCGACAAAGGACGCGCCGAAAAAACGUAGGAAAUUCAAAUGUGACCAGUGCGAUGUGAAAGUAAACUCUCAAUAUCAUUUAGACAUACACAAAAGCAAGCACGAAGGUGCAGCUUCAAAGAAAUACAUUUGCGAAGUCUGCGACAGAAGCUUUGUGGCCGCACAGUUCUUGAAGAGCCACAUGCAAACCCAUUCGGCGACAAGUACUAUAAACUGUGAGCUGUGCAACAAAAGCUUCACGGGCCAAGCUUACCUAAAGCUCCACAUGCAGCUACAUAAUGACGUUAAAAAAUUUAAGUGUUCAAAAUGCGAAGACAUGCUACCUACAAAGAAUUGUCUUAAGAUACACAUGAAGAAACAUACAAAAGUGAAAAAUUUUAAAUGUGAUUAUUGUCAUAAAUUAUUUGUAUCGAAGAUAACAAUGGAACGACAUCGUCAGACGCAUGAGGGACAGCCGAUCGACUGUCAAGUUAAAUGCACACAGUGUGAUCGAACUAUGCACUCCACAUUACUGCGCACACAUAUAGCGAGGGCUCAUUCAUCCUCACUAGACGAUGAUGUAAAACGACCUUACAAAUGCACAACGUGCGGAAAGAGUUUUAUCGUAAAAAUAAAUCUUAAUUUACAUAUCAGAGUUUGCCAUCCGGAAUUGGCAGAUCCUGAAGACGAAGAUGAAGAUAUAAUGACGGAUAACUCAUAGUUUAUAAGAUAGUUGUAAUGGCUUAUUAACAUUAUGUAUUACUAUAAUAUACUUUUUGUAUGAUACAA